AUGGCGACGGCGACUGCCGCGGCGACGGAGGACCCGUGCCCGUGCGUGCUCAUGGCGCCGCAGAUCGAGGCCGCCGAUGGCACGCUAACCACUGCCGGGUUCUACCGCUGGGAGGAGGGCCAGGGCGCCGCAACCCUCGUGAUGGACGCCAUGCCCGACUACCACUCCUUCCACCCCGACACGGAAGCGGCGCACGACCUCGCGCACUGCGACGGGCUGCUGCUGGUGCCCACCGACGCCGGCGCGCGCGUGCUCAACCCGGCCACGUCCCGCGUCCUCGCGCUCCCCUCCGUCGCCGCGCCGCCGCCCCCGCUCCCCUCGGGUCGGAUCGUGGGCCACCAGGCGUUCGGCCUCGGCCGCGACCCUCGCUCAGGCGCCUACAAGGUCGCCCGCUUCUUCUACCGCUCACUGGACGAGGUCGAGCUCUACGCGGGCGGCUGCACCUACACCUACGCCCUCGGGGCGGAGGUGCUCACCCUCGGCGGUGUCGGGGCGGACCAGCACUGGCGCGAGACGCCGGCUCUACCGCCGUGCCCCGUCAUACCAGGGCGCACGGCGACAUUCUUCAAGGGCUCGCUCCUCUUCACCCCCCACGAGCGGGUCCUCGGCAAAGAGGCGCCGGGCUUCAUCCGCCUCAGCCUAGACGACGAGCUGUUCGGCGUUACGCCGGGGCCUCCCUGCGACAAGAGGAUCGACUACGCGGCGUCCAGCAUGGCCGAGCUGCGCGGGGAGCUGUGGCUGUGCGUCGGCAGCCCGAGGCCUGGCAUCGGGUCGGUGGAGAUGUGGGCGUGCGGCGACCUUGCCGGCGCCCGGUGGGAGCGGCGUCACCUCGUCGAGGCCUGUGUAUUCCAUGGGCACCGGUCUCUUCGUCCGGUGACCGCGUCCGCCGGUGCCAUACUGCUACGCGUCGGACCGUCGCACCUUUGGUGCUACCGUCGGCAGGGUAGUGAGCCGGGUUACGGCGACAUCGUCAACAUGCGACGUAUCGAGUAUCACCGCCACGACCACGAGAUCGUCGAGUACCAAAGGGAUACAAUCUACCUCGCCGGCCUUGCGAACACGGGUCGUCUCCUCCAGACUUGCAGCUUUGCCGUUGAAGGGUUGCGGCCCUCAUGCUCGCAGCACCAUGAUGGUGUGGGGAUGGAGCUCACACAUGGCUGCUGGGAGAGGAAGCGGGAGGUAGGUGACGAGGAGUGUGGAUAG